AUGAUAUUAGAAAUAAUCACCUUCACUGAGCUCACUGGUAGAAGAUUAAUAUUUGAAGGGAAAGCAGAGGAAGCUGUGCCGGCGGCUCUACAAUGUCUGAAAUUUACAGUAGAUCUGUAUGGAUUAGCGACCUUAGAUCGUCUCUAUGAAGCUGAGGCCUACCUUGCACAGGCGCAAUGGACGUUUCUUAAAUUGCAACAUGCCUGCUCAAACUCUAUUAGAUCACAAGUUUUCAGGAAGCUGGGACUUUUCUAUAAGGCCAAAAAGGAUUAUGAUGCUGCGCUAGAAGCUUUGGCACAAGACUUAAUGCGCUUUAAAAUAUUAUAA